CGCUUGCCUAUCAGGGCGUUGUCUUAUCAUCUCGCGGUUCAUAAGCCACCCACUUUUUAUCUCUCGCGGCGCCAGUAUACGGAGCGACAUGAAUAUCCAGACUCAUCGCGGAAUACAUUUCCAGCAAGCUGCUGGGCUUCAAACGCCUGCACCAUCGCCGACUUCGGUACUAGUAUUGAUGUCUCUCCCCUAAGCUGGAGCAUCGAGACAAACCAGCCGUUCGUGCCGCUGUGGUGGCCGAACGUGCAGGUGAAGAUUUUUCUACCCCUUCCAAAUGAUGAUCGUCUUUCACGAAGACUUCCCGUCAAGACUCCUGGCCAAUCCACCUUCACUUAAUCUCAAGCCGCAACUCAUGGUUUUGUGCAAUACUACCGCUCGAGAACUCUUCUUUCGUCGCAGAAUCGAAAUGGGGCAAGUGGUGAAACACUGGCCUUAUAAAUUCUGUGUUGGCGUUGAGGUCCCAGACAACCAAUACCAACACCAUCAUGCUGCCUUUCCUCCAAAAUGACGCAUGUCCUGGUGUUACCAUAGAGCGAAUACGCAUUGACGAUCUUUUUCACUUUGUCGCCGGCACCCUCAUAUACCUUCCUACUCAGGGGCUGCCAUUUGACUCUAGCAGCACACAAGCGUUUUCGGAGGGCACCCUCAUCUCCACCACGCCGGAUUGUGUUAGCCAAAAAAGUCCUGCCCACUUUGCUAUCCUAAUAUCUAUCGAUACAGACUCGGUGGUCUUCCCCGAGCCUUCUACCUCCCGCCGAGCGCCGAAAGAGGCGUACCGUGUCACAUAUUUUCCGAUUGUCUCAUACUCUCAUGGAAACUAUCCCAACAUGGAUGCUCUGUUGGAUGGCCGCCCCGUUGGCGAUUAUCACCUCCCUGUGGCUCACAGCCAGGACAUCAUCACUCCACCCCCUUUCCCUACCGACAACACUUACAGCCACCCCUGGGGCCAGGUCGUUUUGGACUGCGAAGCCCGGAGAAACCCAAUAGCUAGGCGGUCUUGGAUAAUUGCGCAGAGGGUUCAAGGGCUGUACCCUUCUGAGAUGAAGAUCCGCAGGGUCGUAGGUGUCAAAGCGUCUUUUCUAGUCAUCCAAAGAGUUUGGCGCCUUGCUCAAGAACUCUCCUCUCCAGCUCUACGGCUGUCGGGUUCGGGUCCCAGUGGGCAGGGCGAUGUUACUGAAGGAGAUUCUGAAUGGAUUGGGCAUGAGGCUGGGGGUCACCGUGAGUGCGUCAGCCCCUACACGGUGUUUGGAGGGGGCGGCGAGGACAGUGGAGACUGGGACGUCGACGACUACGAUGAAGGUGAAGGCGAUCUUGAAUGGUUCAACAGUUUCUUCUCUGCAAGGAUUGCACAAGAUGCGGUUCGACGUAGUCGUUCUGUCGUUGCUGGCUGGCAGGAGCGGAAUGCACGACGGGCCCUUUAACAGGUCAUUGGUGUUGAGGUCUUCUUUGUUCUUGUGUUGACUCUUUUGUGUCGGACCCUCGGAAUGAAUUACAUGGCGCGUAUUGUGACUUUGUGUAUUAUUCGGCCUAUCAUGAUAUCCUCUCAUCUCAUAGCGGUAUUCUACCUCUAGCUGAAGCACUCUCUAUUCUGAAUAGAAUAAAAAU